AUCAGUGCAGGGCUGUGAGGACAGAGAGCCGGUAUAGGAAACAGCAGACAUCCGAGCUCCAGGGACCAGGGAGGAGAUCACAGCUGGACCACAGAGAACACGGGCUGUACAGGGAGCAGCAUCUCCGGGGACUCUGCUUCUGGAUACACAGGGAGUAAUUGGGGAUAUUUAGAGGGACACCCUCUAUUGCAGUGUACCAGUAUUACAAUGCUGUGGAUAGUGCUGCUCUUGUCUUGUGGGGUCCCUGCUGCUUUGCUCCCCUCACCCCGAUGCCCUUCACGCUGUGACCCAUCCUCAUGUCCGCCAGCACCCACAAACUGCCCAUCUGGAGAGACUUCUCUGCGCUGUGGCUGCUGCACAGUGUGCGCUGCUGAUGAAGGGGAGAGAUGCGGGGAAGGACCUGCGGACCCUAUUUGUGCCUCUUCCCUAAGCUGUGUGAAGAGUGCAUUCGGGGGUGCCCGAACCUGUCAGUGCUCAUCGCCCCAGCCCAUCUGUGGAAGUGAUGGCAAGACAUACAGCAGCCUCUGCAAGCUGCGGGCGGAGAGCAAAACCGUGCAGAGUCAGGGUUACGCAGCCAUCAUCCCCAUCCAGAGGGGAGACUGCCAGCAGGGACAGAAGGACCCGGACAGUCCUCGCCAUAAAUACAACUUUAUUGCUGAUGUGGUGGAGAAGAUUGCACCAGCUGUUGUGCACAUUGAGCUGUUUCGCAUGUUCUCUUUCUUUGGAAAACGGGAAAUUCCCGCAGCCAGUGGCUCUGGUUUCAUUGUCUCAGAAGACGGCUUGAUUCUUACCAAUGCUCACGUGGUCACAAACAAGCAAAGAUUAAAAGUGGAGCGCAGUGACGGGUCCACGUAUGAUGCUAAAAUCAUAGAUGUGGAUGAAAAAGCAGACAUUGCCUUAAUCAAAAUCAAACCAAAGGGAAAGAUGCCUGUUCUGCUCUUGGGCCGGUCUGAAGACCUGCGUCCCGGAGAGUUUGUCGUCGCCAUUGGAAGUCCAUUCUCACUUCAGAAUACAGUCACAACAGGUAUCGUGAGCACUGCACAACGUGGUGGGAAGGAACUGGGCCUGAAAAACUCUGACAUGGAGUACAUACAGACAGACGCCAUCAUUAAUUAUGGAAACUCAGGAGGACCACUUGUGAAUUUGGACGGUGAAGUGAUCGGGAUAAACACUCUAAAGGUUACUGCUGGCAUCUCCUUUGCUAUUCCAUCAGAUAAAAUCCGCAAGUUCCUUGCUGAGUCACACAGCAGACAGUCCGCAGGCCAGGGAAUUAAGAAGAAAAGGUACUUGGGAAUAAGGAUGCUGUCACUCAGUCCAGGCAAAGUGAAAGAACUGAGGGAACAAUUAAAGGAUUUCCCUGAUGUGACCUCUGGAGCUUUUAUAGUAGAAGUGCUUCCAGAUACACCAGCAGAAGAGGCUGGUCUGAAGGAAAGUGACGUCAUAAUCAGCAUCGGCAGUCAGACUGUGACUUCCAGCAGUGAUGUCAGUGAAGCCAUUAAGCAGGAAGGACCACUACGUUUGGUCGUACGCCGCGGGAAUGAGGAUAUUGCCAUCACAGUGACACCAAAAGAAAUUGAUUUAUAAUGGAAGGAAUGAGCUGGUUUCAUAGAUCUUCCAUGCUACAGAUCCAAACAAUGACUCUGCACUUGUGAGGACACUGUGUAUAAGCACUGAAAGUUAGUGACCCCUCCUCAUCCAAGAAGACCCCUUUAGCUUUUUUAUUACAGAACCCUCUGUCUGUGCAUCUGCACAAUCCCACCACUGGUAUGCACCCUUCUCAGAUUAACAUGCUGGUUUAUGUGUCUUAACUGGAGGAGAAGUAGGAGUGGUACAGUAAUAAAGACCCAAGUGGUCCGACAAUUAUAUUUUAAA